ACAGGCCGGCCUCUGCUCCCAGAGCUCCCUGCCCCCGCCCCCGGCCGGCUCUCUCCACUCCCACUUCCUGAGCCCGGCGCUGGAGCCCUGGAGGCCAGGCCCGGCCGCUCCCGGCCCCCGGGGGCACGUCGGCCCAGCCGCCAGGCUUGGGAAGUCGUGGCCAACGCUGCUCAGGACGUCCGGGCUUCCCACCUUCCUCCCAGGCCUCCACCCGGUCUGGUCAGCCGACCCGAAAGGCCGCCAUGCGCCUGCCUGGGGCCUCUCCCUGCGGCCUGGUCUGGGGGCCACUUCUGCUGGGACUCUGCGGGAUCCUGAUGGCAGCCCAGCCCCUGCUGGUGAGGGAGGGGCUAGGUGGGAUGGGCCAGGUGCCCCCGUAUCGCAUAGAAAACCAAACUUGCUGGGAUCAGGAGAAGGAAUACUACGAGCCUAAGCAUCAAGUCUGCUGCUCCCGCUGUCCCCCAGGCAAGUUUGUCUCCGCUGUAUGCAGCCACAGCCAAGACACAGCUUGCGAGACUUGCCCCGAUAAUUACUACAAUGAAUACUGGAACCAUCUCUCCAUCUGCCAGCUCUGCCGCUCUUGUGACGCUGUGCUGGGCUUCGAGGAGGUUGCCGCUUGCGCCAGUGAUCGAAAACCUGAGUGUCGCUGUAAGCCAGGGAUGACCUGUGUGUAUCUGGACAAUGAGUGUGUGCACUGCGAGCAACCUGUAGUGUGCCAGCCUGGCACCGAAGCCGAGGUUACAGAUGAAGCUAUGGAUACUGACAUCGCCUGUGUCCCCUGCAAGCCAGGAUAUUUCCAGAACACUUCUUCCCCUACAGCCCGCUGCCAACCCCAUACCAGAUGUGAGACCCAGGGCCUGGUGGAGGUGGCUCCAGGCAGUGCCAGCUCUGACACCAUCUGUAGAAAUCCAUCAGAGCCAGGAACAAUGCUGCUGCUGGCCGUUCUGCUGCCACUGGUCUGUCUUCUGCUCUUCAGCACCACCCUGGCCUGCACCUGGAUGAGGCACCCCUCUCUCUGCAGAAAGCUGGGUACUCUGCUCAAGCGACAUCCAGAGGGAGAAGAAUCUCCCCCCUGCCCCCCUCCAAGAGCCAACCCAGAUUUCCCUGACCUGGCCGAGCCACUACUACCCACAUCUGGGGACUUGUCCCCAGCCCCUGCUGGACCCCCAGUUACCCCAGUCUUGGAGGAAGUGGUGCUUCAACAGCAGAGUCCCCUGGUCCAGGCUAGGGAGCUGGAGACUGAGCCCGGGGAACACAGCCAGGUGGCCCACGGUGCAAAUGGCAUUCAUGUGACCGGAGGUUCCGUGACUGUCACUGGCAAUAUCUAUAUAUACAAUGGGCCAGUGCUGGGGGGAACACGGGGUCCUGGAGAUCCCCCCGCUUCCCCUGACCCUCCAUACCCCACUCCUGAAGAAGGAGCCCCUGAUCCUUCUGUGCUCUCCACACCUUACCAGGAAGAUGGCAAAGCUUGGCAUCUGGCUGAGACAGAGACACUAGGGUGCCAUGCCCUCUGACAGGGCCGAGGAACCUACAUGCCGCCUGAUGCCUGAUGGUAUCUGAGAAAGGCAAGGAGGACAGAGAGUCCAGCACCUUCUCCUCGAGGCUGCUCUACCCACCAGAACUCACAGGGUCUGGGGAGGCUCUGAGAAGCAGAAGCCUAAGAGACUAAGCCUCAGACACCUCUUCAGAGCAGAACCGGACACUGGCAAGGCACAGUGCCUGCCCAGGACUGACUACUGUCUGAGCGAGACUGAGACUUUGUGGCGGACCCACCAGUCCCAGAGGCUGCACACAUUCAGCCUCAGACACAGGCAAGGCUUGUGACCCUAGCCGCUGCCCACCAUGCCUCCCUGCCCCUUAAACAUGGCAAAGGAGGGAACAGGUCACAGGGUCAGUGGCAAGGACAUCCCCGGGACCUUGCAAGGCUUCAUGGUGCUCAUCCUCAACUUUCACAGGCCUUGAGGACUCAUACCAUGUGGACCAAGACAGACCCUGGGUGAAGAUAAAGCCACGUGGAGGAGCAUCCCUCCCUUGCUCCUGGGGGAGAGGAUGGUGAGACAGUGAGAGUGGGGGGUUGGGUAUCGUUAUCAGGUAUCCAGGAGAACAGGAGAAAAAUGGCAAGUGUAUUUAUAAAUUGUAACCACCUGCAAAUAAAGUCAAGAUUGAGAGCCUUUCUCGGGUUUUAUAGAGAAACACUAGACCAUUAGGACAAAAUCAACGGCAAAGUUGAAGACACAAAAAUAUCGUCCUUCAAAGGUGCUCCUGGAAGGGGUCCCUAGGAUUGGUUCAGAGAGUGUCCAUAUUAAGCACCAGUGUCUGAGUAUUUGCAGAGAAAUAUUGUAGGCAUUCAAAACACCUACAAUAUGGACCGACUUGGUCCUCUCAGAAACCGAGGCAUGUACUCCCUUGACACAGGAGAAGACAGACUCAGAGGGAGUCAUUUGUGCAAGUCAGCUGCAAAUGGCAAGGGGUUUGUGCCCAAGUAGCCCUGCAUAAAUGUCUUUCAGUGGUCCUGUCUUUCACAGGCAGCAAAUCUCAGCACACACCCAAACAUCCAGCUGUGCACAGUGGAAAUCAGGGUUGGCGGAAAGGAUUAAUUGGGUGCUCUAUAUCCACCGUGAGGGAGGCCAACUUCAGCUCAAUUGGAGAACAGAAAUCUGGGCUAGCUGAAUCCUUUUAGCUCAGAGGGAGCAGUCAGUGUGUGUGUGUGUGUGUGUGUGUGUG